UCAGUAUUAAUCGGUCGGUUGAUGUGUGAACACGUAUUUUAAAAUAAAUACUGCAAAAUUUACGUGGCACGCACGCCUUUUUGAUAAAUAAAUAACAAAAAAAAAAAGAAAAAUUUAAUUCAGAAAGUGUUUAAAGCAAAAAUUUUUAUAUUAAAAUUUUGAUAUAGAAAUUUGGUGUUGCACAAAAUCAUAACAAAACAACGAAGUUUAUCAAAUUUCACUCGUCGUGUUUGUUGAUAAAGUUGGAAAUAAAUAUUUAUAUCAUCUGAUAAGCUCAACUCGACAAGAGGAAAGAGAUUAUUCAAAACAAAACAAAAAAAAAAUCCCAAAAGUGUAUUUGAUUACAAAUUUUGGCCGAAAGCGAAACAAUUUUUUAAAUAAACACAAAACUAAACUUCCGACAGUAUUAUGAAAGCUGCCUGUAAUCCAAGAGUCUGGGUUGGAAGACGACCAACCAGAGCUACACUCGAUACCGUCCGUCUUCUUUUCUUCUAUGGCACAAAAUUCGAGGAACAUCUCGACUACAGUUUAGAUGAAUUCGACAAAAUUCCGGAACACGUAAAAUUCGAUCCGUCCAAACCGACAUGUCUCUACUUCCAUGGCUUCGUGGAAAAAAUGACUGACGAACACAUCUACGUGAUAGCAGAUGCCUAUCAAACGCGCAACGAUCACAAUCUCAUCAUGGUAAAUUGGCAGGAAAUGGCCGAUGGCUCGUACUUACUCGAUGCCGUGCCAAACAUGAAGAAAAUUGGCAAAACGAUCGGGCAAAAAAUCGUCGAAAUGACGCUAAACAAGGGCUUUCCGCUGCACAAAUUGCACGUGGUCGGACAUUCGUUGGGCGGACAACUGACGGGAUAUGUGGGUCGCACUGUGAUACAACAUUCCGACGGAAAAUUGAAGGUGCCUCGCAUAAGUGCUCUCGAUCCCGCAUUUCCGGGCUUCUAUCCUGCCAUCGCUGCGACACAUUUGAGCUACAAAGACGCCGAAUUUGUAGAUAUUAUUCACACAGAUGCAUGGCUUUAUGGAACGCCAACGAGCACGGGAUCUAUCGAUUUCUGGCCAAAUGCGGGAAAAACAUUGCAACCGGGAUGCCCACGACGGAAUUACAAACUUUUAUCAGAUAUUGACAAAGUUAUGCUUAAGCUCUUAUACAAGUCAUUGAACCGUACUUUUGAAACAGAUUUGUGCAGUCACAGGAGAUCGUGGUUCUUCUGGGCAGAAUCGGUGAAAAACAAGGAGCCGACAUUCCAUUCCGUCAAAUGUGAUUCCUGGAAGCAAUUCAAGGAGGGAGUUUAUGACGAGAAAGUUGGCGUUGUCCAAAUGGGACUUAACUGUCGAAUGGACGUUCCUCGCGGUGACUAUUUCCUGCAAACGAAUGGAGAAACGCCAUUCUCUCGCGGCGAAUCCGGGUAUAAAUAUGAAAAACUUAAAUAGCAUUUUUCAAUUUUUUUAUUUUUUAGUCUUAAUUAUUAUCAUUAU